AUGCCAACUUUUAUUAAAGGAUGGGUUGACAUUCUGAUGAUUACUGAGAACUUCUCUCUCGUCUACAAAUGGCAGGAAAAAUCCCGGUUACCCAGGUUUCCAAAAGCAAUGCCUCCCGUCUUUCCAAACGGCUGGAUCCCUGUCAUGGAGUCCACGGAUCUGGGAGUCGGAGACGUAAAAAGCGUGAGAGCAUUCGGAGAGGACCUGGUCGUCUUCCGCACACAAGACGGCGUGGCCCACGUAGCGGACGCCUACUGCCCCCACCUGGGGGCCCACCUGGGAGUGAUGGGUCGCGUGGUGGGAGACUGCAUCGAGUGCCCCUUCCACGGAUGGAGGUUCAGAGGAGAAGACGGGGUUUGCACGCACGUGCCGUACAGCGCGAAGGUGCCGGACUUCGCUAAAAUGAAGACGUGGAAAUCUGAAGAGAUAGGGGGACUGGUGUUUGCGUGGUACCACGCCGAAGGCGAGCCACCAAGCUGGCUACUCACCGACAUCCCCGAGAUCGCAUGCCCGAAAUGGGACAACAUUGGGAAGCGCAACGAGAACGUCAUCUAUUGCCACAUUCAAGAACUAGUCGAAAACUCGGCGGACAUCGGCCACUUCGAUCAAUUGCACGGGCCAUCGUGCCUCGUCAAGGGCGAGAACUUCAGCGUCGAUGCCGAGACCACGUGGUGGGGCCGCCUCAUGUACCACAGGUGGGAAACGGCCUGGACGUCCCGCGGGCACUUGGGCACAGUGCACGUCGUCUGCAAGACAUUCUGCUCCCUGGAAUGGUUGCGGAAUCUGCAACGGUACGAGUUCGACCUUCUCCAGAUCGGACCGGCGCUGGUCCUGACGACCAUGAGGACGCGGUUCGGAAACGUCUCGUACAUUCUGUCCGUUACGCCGGAGAAGCCGUUUCAGCUCCGAGUCGUGCACCGCUACUUCCCAGACCGGAGGAUGCCUCGACUCUUCUUCCUCUUUUUCGUGUGGGCGUCGAAGCACAUGUUCGAGAGGGAUGUGGUGGUGUGGAACAGCAAGGCGUACAUGAAGAACCCAGCUCUGGUUAAAGAAGACCGUACCAUCCUGUCGUUCCGCAAAUGGUUUUCCCAGUUCUACAGCAGCAGCAGCCCCACCUGGGAGGACAUACGAGAUAAGACGCUACAAUGGUGA